GCCGGGGUAAAGCCGCCCGACGCGCCGAGGAGGCGCUGCAUUCCGGGCGUAGCGGCAUCAGUGGGACUGCAGUGCUGCCUCUUUGCUGUCACUUUAACCGAGAUCCACGCCAUUUCAAACGGACUCUAAGUAUAGUCGAGCAUUAAAACUUACCUUCUGUUACAUUUUUUCCCGCUGGUGAACCCAAAGUAAUUGCAAUGGCUUCUGGAGGGACCGUGAAACCGUUCGCCAACUUCAAUGCAAACCAGGAUGCUGAAGUCCUGUUCAAGGCCAUGAAGGGGCUGGGCACCGACGAGGACGCCAUCCUCCAGCUCCUGACCGCGCGCAGCAACAGCCAGCGGCAGCAGAUCAAGGCUGCGUUCAAGACCCUUCAUGGAAAGGAUCUCGUGGAUGAAUUGAAAUCUGAACUCGGCGGGAAAUUCGAGACACUGAUUGUCAGCUUGAUGAUGCCGCCGACCAUCUUCGAUGCAACUCAGCUCAGACAUGCAAUCAAGGGCGCAGGGACAGAUGAGAAGGUUCUGGUUGAGAUCCUAAGUUCCAGGACACCCGCCCAGAUCCGGGACAUCAUUGCAGCCUACAAACAAGAGUUCGGGAAAAAUCUCGAGGAUGAUGUCACUGGGGACACGUCCGGCCAUUUCAAGCGCUUAUUGGUCAUCCUCCUUCAGGCAAGUCGGCAACAGGGAGUCAAUGCUGGGGCCAUUGAACAGGAUGCGAAGGCCCUGUUUGCUGCUGGGGAGGCAAAGUUCGGCACAGAUGAGGAGACGUUCAUCACCAUCUUGGGCAACAGAAGUGCAGAGCAUCUCCGGAAAGUUUUUGAUGCAUAUAUGAAGCUGUCGGGGUAUGAGAUUGAAGAAAGCAUUCAGCGAGAAACCUCAGGGAGCCUGAGAGCAUUAAUGCUGGCUGUAGUGAAGUGUGCUCGAAGUGUCCCAGCCUAUUUCGCCGAAUGCCUGUUCCACUCAAUGCAGGGAGCUGGUACAGACGACCAGACCUUGAUUCGAAUCAUGGUGUCCAGGAGUGAGCUGGACAUGUUGGACAUCAGAGCCAACUUUAGGCGGAUGUUUGCCAAGUCCCUGUACUCCAUGAUCAAGGGUGACACAAGCGGGGACUACAGGAAGGCCCUGUUUUUGUUGUGUGGUGGUGACGAUGCGUAGGACAGACCAGAAAAGCCACACACACACACGUCUGGACCAGUAAUACCUUUUAACACAGACCUGCAACUGUGUACCACUACCUUAAUGUUACACCUAAAUGUUACUAUAACCUUAUAAUGUUUGUCAUGACUGACCUUUUUACUUGGUAAAAAAAAUAUAUAUAUAUAUUAUUGUCAGUAACAGUGCUAAUUAACAUGUUUCUGAAAUAAUUAUGUUGCAAAUUGUUCACAUUAAAUUUUGAAAGACAA